AUGGCAGAGAAGGAGAACAAAAAGCGAAAGAGACAGUCCAAUGGGGUCGAGGCAUCCAGUAAGAAGGUGGCAUUUGGACAAGAUGAGGGACAGAUCAAAGUUACCUACAACAGCGUGGAUGGAUCCGAUCCAGCUCUGGUAGAUGCUCCCGGCUUGACGACGCCAGACUUAGUCUUCGACGCCUACACCAAGCGACCGUCGAGUAAGAAGCCGGACGAUGCGGCCUCCAACGACCACGAACUCCUCCUGCACUCUCACCGACACUCUCGACUCGACUACACUGCUUCACCCGCCAGUCUGGACGAUGGUCUUGCCCAUUAUGUGGCGGUGUAUGAUCCGGCGACGAAGCAGCUGCAAGUCAUGCCAACCCACCACCUCAGCUUACGCAGCACACUACGAUCCGAAGCCAAAGCCAACCAAAACCGAACCUUUCUACAGCAACGACAAGAGCUGGGUCGUGAGUUUGGCACGAAGAAGGCGAAGAAGAUUAUAGCAGAGAAGACGGUCAACGCAAUCACCAAUCGAGAUCCGAAGGGCAAGGGCAGGCCGGACGAUGUUCAAGAUGCGAUUCUACAGUCUAUGCCAGACACCGUCACAGGCGCACCAACAGAAGAACAAGCAGCGGAGACAGCACUGGCCUCGAAACCCAUACCAAAGCCCAACCUCGCGGCGGAGAACGUAGAAGAGGUAUACGCCUACGAGACACUCCUUCCACCCUCCGACGCACGACUAGUCAACAUCAAAGACUGGCAAGAAAAGACCAAGAACGAGGAAGACAUCAAGUUCACCCACCGCUUCCCAGCCGCCCGCGUGCAAGCUCUAGGCACAUCCGACCAAAUCCUCAAGCUCAAAGCACUCAAAUACCUCCAACUCCUGCUCGAAUUCCACGACGCCCUCCCCAGCGGCGGCCGCAACGGCAAAAAGGUCCCCAAAAAAGACGUCCUCUCCAAACGCCUCUCCGCCUGGCCCGACAGCCUGGUCAACAGCGUGCGCAGGCGCUUCGCCAACGACGCGAAUGAGUUGACGAAAUGGCACAUGCAGAGACUCUACACGCACAUGUGUGCGCUGUCGCUGUACGUCGAUGGCUGGACGGCCGAUACGUCGAAUCUAAGGGAUGAUCUCAAGAUGGACGCGAAGGAGAUGGCGCAGUAUUUUCGGGAGUUGGGGUGUCGGAUUGCGGCGCCGACGGAGGGGGAGAGGGAGAGGUGGGGGAUUAAGAAGGGGCAGGAGAGGAGUGUUAAGGUCGCGAAGCUGAAGUUGCCGUUGGAUUUCCCCAAGGCGCGGUCGGGGGUGAGGCGGUGA